AUGCACCAGCCAAGGGACCUCAACAGCAAGGGCCUAAGGGUCCACAACAAGGAGGACUCCAAAAACCUGGUCAAGGUCCUGCUGGACAGGGUCCAAAACCCGGGCAGGGACCUCCAGGACAAGGGCCAAAACCCGGACAAGGACCUCCUGGGCAAGGGCCAAAACCUGGACAAGGACCUCUGGGACAAGGGCCUAAACCCGGACAAGGACCACCGGGACAAGGGCCAAAACCCGGACAAGGACCACCGGGACAAGGGCCAAAACCUGGGCAGGGUCCUCAGGGACAAGGGCCAAAACCGGGGCAGGGUCCUCAGGGACAGGGGCCAAAACCGGGGCAAGUUCCUCAGGGACAAGGGUCAAAACAGGGGCAGGGUCCUCAGGGUCAAGGGCCAAACCCUGGACAGGGUCCUCCAGGCCCAGGGACCAAACCAACUGGUCCUCCUCAGCAGAGAGCAGGUCCAAAGCAGCAGGGGCCAGUUGGAACUGGAAGUCAACCUUCAAAGAGUGCAGGGCCGGGUACUCAACAAGGAGCAGGGAAAGCUGUGCCCUGUCCACUCUAGCCAGGUGUGCAGCCUGUGUGGCUUCAGUCCCCCAGACUCAGCGGGAAAGGAAUGGCUGUGUUUGAACUGCCAAAUGCAGCGGGCAAUGGGAGGCAUGGACCCUCCAAACCCCAGGCAAGGUUCUGUCCCUCCAUCGCCGCAAAAACAGGCUCCUGGGAAACCUGGCAACCUCCUCAUAAAGCAGCAAAGCCACCAGAGCGACCAGGGAUUGACUCCGCCCACAACCCCCAGGCAGAAAUCCCCUGGUCCCACCUCAUCAGGACCACCGUCUCCCGGCUCUUCUAUGGCAGGAUCCCCCAAGAUCGACCCCAAAACUGGAAAACCUAUCAUGCAGAAGUCCAGUCCACAACAGUCUCCAUCUAAAGCCAAACAGGAGUCUAGUUUCUUUGGGGGGUUUGGUCUCGGAGGUUUGACAGACUCAGUUAAAUCCUCUUCAACUUCUUCACAAUCCGAAUCUGUAACUGGAAAACUUUUUGGGGGAUUUGGUGGUUUGAUGGAAACUUCGAAACCACCUGCGCAAACUGCACCCAAACAAGAGGAGUCAGUAGCAGGGAAGUUAUUUAGUGGGUUUGGAGGCUUGUCCGACUCAUCCUCAAAACCUCCAGCAGCAGCAUCACAGAUGUUCAGCUUUGGCUCAUCCUUGUUGAGCUCAGCAACAAACCUUGUCACCGGCGAUGACAGCACACCAGCAGAACCUUCAGGAUCUCCACCCCAGUCUCCUGACUCUGGGCCAGGGUCUCCUCCCGAUUCUCCCUUCUCUGCUCCGGGAUCCCCUCCGGACAGUGACUCUGCCCCGGAUACUCCCCCUGCUAGAUUCACCAAACCAACUAAGUCCAUGUCAAUAGAUGCGGAGAAGAAACCGGCCUCGACUGCACCCACACAGAGCUGUCCACUUUGCAAUGUAGAACUUAGUAUGGGAUCAUCCGACAUGCCCAACUACAGCCUCUGCACCGAGUGUAAGAAGACCGUGUGUAACCUAUGUGGAUUCAACCCCAUGCCACACUUAGGAGAGAAAGAAUGGCUGUGUCUCAACUGUCAGACCCAGAGAGCCAUGGCGGGUCAGCUGGGAGAUGAGCCACCGCCAGUCAUGGGAUCUCCAAAGAAACAACCACCUCCUGCUCCCGUUGCCCCCACCUCUACCUCUACCUCCACCUCUACCACCCCCACUCCCGCUCCUGCUUCAGUAGAAACCAAACCUGUAGUGGAACCCUCUGCCCUGAACCCUGAUGUAAAGCUAGAUUCUACACCUCUAGAAAAAGCUGAUAUCCCAGAAUCUGUAGUGUGUAGUUCUCUGGACAAAAGUGACCAGGUGGAGAUAACAGAAGAGCCCUUAGUCAAGCCUGUUAAAGAAGACGCUGAGGUGAAAACUACAGAGCAAGCUCCUACAGAAAAAGCACCUGAGACAACAGGCAGUCCCACGGGCCUAUCUGACCUGACCAAACUGGAGAACACAGUCCUCCCCAUUCUCGAGGCAAAACCAAAACCAGAAGAGGAUACUUUGGUAGACACUCCAAAAACAAGACGCAAACUAGAGGUUUUACCUAUUAUGCCUGACUCACCAAGUUCAGAAGAGGAACGAGAAACACUAGAGCAAAAUGUCAAAGAAAAAAAGAAGCUCUUGGUGCCCAUGGAUAUCAGGGGUGACUCCUUGGAAGACAGCAGUGAGAGCAUUGGAAAGGAAAGCCCCAUGUCUGGAGAUGACGAAGAUUUCCUCAGGAAACAAAUAAUUGAAAUGAGUGAGAAUGAAGAUGCUUCUCCGACAGAUGAGGAAAACGUGAUAAGACAAAAGAUCAAAGAGCAAGAGAAGAACACUGCAAGUGUUGAAAAAAGUGCUUCAGGGAGAGGCAGACGUCUUACUAAAAAGGCAACUAUAAGCCCUGACGAAGAUGAGGAUAAGCAUUUAGAGGAGGCUGCGGCUAAGGUAGUGCAAGAGGGCAAAGAAUCUAAACCAGAUGAUAGUGGCCCAGCAGUUCGCCAAUUUCAAACAAUGGAGCUUAAUGCGCCAAGUAUGAAAAUAGCUACAAGUGAAGGGGAGGUAGAGAUGGAGUGCCUCACAGACUCACCAGAUGACAGGUCAAAAGGGGAGGGGUCAUCCAGCCUCCAUGCAUCCAGUUUCACCCCAGGCACAUCUCCAACAUCUAUGUCCUCAUUUGACGAAGACAGUGACAGCAGUAGUCCUAGUAAUAUGUCUACUGGGGAAGGAAAGCAACAGAGGAAGGCUAAGCACCGACAACCAGGACAGUUGCCAACUAUUGAAGACUCCUCUGAGGAAGAAGAACUGCGUGAGGAAGAGGAGUUACUCAGGGAGCAGGAAAAGCAAAAAAGCUCAGGGAAAAAAUCCAAAAGAGACAAAGAGGAUAAAAGUCAGAGAAGACGAGAGCGGUCAAAAACACCGCCAAGCAACCUUUCUCCUAUUGAGGAUGCAUCGCCAACUGAGGAGCUUCGUCAGGAGGCUGAAAUGGAAGAGAUGAGGCGAUCCUCGUGUUCUGAUUUCUCCCCCAGUCUUGAGUCUGAUCCUGAGGGCUUUGAAAUUCAUGCCUCAAAGAUUGCCGCUUUUCAAAAGUCAUAUAAACUCCCAGUAUCGUCCGACUCUUUAAGUGAAGAUAAAACAAAAAAACCACUAAAAACUGCAGAUGAGACCUAUGAAGAAAUCAUGUUGAGGGCUAAGUCUCCGACAACUGAAAAAGUUGACAACCAGCCAGAGAAAGAAGCACUUUAUGGGGGGAUGCUAAUUGAAGAUUAUGCCUACACCUCCCUUAUUGACAAUUCAACAAAUGAGAAAGAAGAACCAGAAAGAAUGGCUCUUCCAACUCAACCCAAAAAGUUGAGAUCUCCAGAUGAAGUCUAUGAGGACAUGUUAAAGAAACGUAAAGAAUUCCAGAAGCUUGAGGAAGAGUAUCAGAAAAUGCAACCAAAACAAGAACCAGGUCCUACACCAGAGAUUGUAUUGCAACCUGCUGAGAAUAUUAACAAUCCUCCAACCAUAACAACAGACACAGACGGAAAACCAUUGUUGGAUGCUGAUACAGCCUAUGAAGAAUUGAUGAGAAAAGUGUUAACUCCAACAAGUCCGAGCCAACAAGACCAGGACGUGGAGACUACUCCUGCUAAAAGAGCUCUUUACCCCAUCCCAGAUCUAAAAGUGACCCAAUGUUCCUCGGGAGAGCUGUCUUCAGAUGAGGAGUUUUAUAAGAAAGAGGAAGAACCAGAAACACCCGAACCUCCACCAGUCAGGGAGUCAAGCAAAGUUUCUCCCUCUGAACCAUCUGACGUCAUAGUUACAACAUCUGGGGCUGCAGUAGAUUUAUCUGGACUUUCAAAAGCCACUCCUUUGAUGUGUAGUGUGACUCCUUUACCCACCGUUCCCCAAUACACUCCUGGAAGUUGCACAAGGCAGCAACCCACCACUCCUCUGCCUGAAGAUCGCUUUGGAUAUCGAGAUGACCAUUACCAGUAUGACAGAACGCCAUAUGGAAUGAGAGGGUUUGGUGGAAUUAAACCGUCAAUGUCAGACACCAAUUUAGCAGAAGCUGGUCUCUUCUUUUACAAGAGUAAGAAUAGUUACAACUUCAAUGGCACCACAGAUGGUGCAGUAGAUCUUACAUCAGCCAAAAUCUCUGAUGCAGGUGAAGCUGUUGACUACUCCAAAAAAGGAAUGUAUGCUGGCAUGGCAAUACCACCAUUUUCUGAUGCAAGGAUGAUGAGGAUCAAGAAGAUUGGGAGGAGAACAGAAACCGGCGACCACGCACUGCCAGAGGAGAUAGGAGUGCACAGUCAGAGUAAAUCUCUUGAGUUUGUAUCCUAUGAGAAAUCCCUGGGUGGUACAAGCCCCCAAAAACUAAGUCCAAGGGGAAAAGCCAUGCAGAGGUCGUUGUCUGAUCCUAAGCCCAUGAGUCCAACAGCAGAGGAGAGGGCAACAUCUGGUCCCCAGUAUGGCCCUCAGAGUAAACCCAGCACACCCACAGGUACUCAGAAGAAGGUGAAGAGGACACUGCCAAACCCUCCCUCAGAGGAGGAGUCCACCACGGCCACUGCUACCACAACCACUGGACAGACAGCUUACAGCACUAACUCAGCGAGAAGAAGAAUGUGCCGUAACUCAAAUAUGGCACGGGCUAAAAUUCUCCAAGAUAUUGACCGGGAAUUAGACAUGGUAGAACGCGAAUCUUCUAAGCUUCGCAAACGCCAAGCUGAGUUAGAUGAGGAGGAGAAAGAGAUUGAUGCAAAGCUUAGGGACCCGUCCAGCUCUUCCCUGAGACUCAAGGGGGACGGCGAAUCAGGCGAUGGUUCAAGUUAUCAGACACCAUCUGGCCGCACCAAACCCACCAGCCUUCCCAUAGUGCAGAGUGGACGUGGAAGGAUACCAAUAGUAGCGCAGAAUUCUGAAGAGGAAAGUCCUCUUAGCCCUGUUGGACAGCCAAUGGGGAUGGCCCGUGCAUCCGCUGGACCCCUCCCACCCAUCUCAGCAGACUCCAGGGAUCAGUUUGGGUCGUGUCUGUCCUUACAAGACCCUCAGCAGCAACAGCAGUACAUCAGGGAGGAGCCGACCAGGGGAAGGGGCUCAGUACUACUAGAUGAUCUUCAGGGCACCAUGUCAGAUAGUGAAGCUUAUCACCUUCGACAUGAAGAAACUGACUGGUUUGAAAAACCUCGGGAUGGGCGAGCGGAUGGAUUGAACAAGAGACAGGGGAAAGGUCCCUAUUACCCCUUCCCUCACCUCAGGGUUAAACUUCAGAGAGAUCCCAAGGAUCGCACUGUCUCAGGAAAUGGUCUUGGUAUUCGUAUAGUUGGAGGUAAAGAAGUUCCUAAUAGUAAUGGAGACAUUGGAGCAUAUGUUGCAAAAGUCUUACCUGGUGGAGCAGCCGAGCAAACUGGAAAAAUCCUGGAAGGAAUGCAAGUCCUGGAGUGGAAUGGUUUGUUCCUCACAGGAAAAACCUAUGAAGAAGUGCAAGGGCUCGUUGGUCAGCCAUGUAAUGAGGCAGAAAUGUGUGUCAGACUAGAUCUUAAUAUGCUUGCUGAGUCAGAGAUGUCACAGAACUUGGAUUUUCAAGAGCACAGUAAAAGUGAGCGGCCUCCUCGCUCUCCGGGUGUUGACCCAAUGCAGCUGGCAGCUGAGCUGCAAAAAGUGUCACAACAGCAGGCUCCUCUGCUUCCCACAUCCUCCACAUCCAGCCCUGCUCAGCCAGGAUCUCCAUCCAUCAGCAAGAAGCGCCAUGGCAGCAAGAGUGCAGAAGGAGCAAAGAUUCAUUCACACCCCAUAUCUGGAGAGAUACAACUUCAAAUCCACUAUGACAAACAGCUGGGAAACCUGAUCGUUCAUGUCCUUCAAGCCAGAAACCUUGCCCCAAGGGACAACAAUGGCUACUCUGACCCAUUUGUCAAAGUGUAUCUUCUUCCAGGGAGAGGUCAGGUCAUGGUUGUCCAGAAUGCCAGUGCCGAAAACAAGCGGAAGUCCAAGCACGCGGGCAGGAGUAUCAACCCUGAGUGGAAUCAGACUGUGAUCUAUAAGAAUAUCCAUCUGGAACAGCUGAAAAAGAAAACCCUGGAGGUCAGUGUGUGGGACUAUGACAAGUGCUCUUCAAAUGAUUUUCUCGGGGAGGUCCUCAUUGACCUGUCCAAUACAUCUCAGCUGGACAAUGCUCCUCGAUGGGUUCCACUGAAGGAGCAGAGCGAAGGCGACCACCACCGCAGAUCCCACUCAGGGCAGAGUCGACACAGUUCUAAAACAUCCUCACAGCAUUCCUCGCCCAAAACCGGCUCAACUCAUGACAUCCACGAUUCACCCAAAUCUUCUGUCACCAAAAGUCGCAGUCAUGGGGUCUUUCCAGAUCCAGCAAAGGGCCACAGAGGUCGUUUCUCACUGAAGCCGCAAAGACACAGCGUAGUGGGGGUGCUCACUAUUCAGAGAGGCCAAUCCGACUGGCUGCCCACCCAGCCCCCUGCGGCUCUCAGGCGUCCACCAGAUGGCAGACUUGUGACCCUAAGGAAGGCUUGGUCAGAGGAGAGGCCCCAGAGCAGCGGAGCCCGCUCAGCCUACAGAUCUGGGGAAACUCCAGUCACAGCUGCAUCUAUGGACAGUGGGCUCAGCGGCAGCGUCUACAGCCUGUUGGAUGAAGAAGCAGAAGCCAAUGAGGUGGACAGUGCCAUUUUCCAAGUACCCAGAUUUGGAAAAAUCCCAAAUGGCACAGAUAUUGUAAAAUCGUCCAUGGGCCACCAUGAUGGUGAAGGUAAGACUCAUGCGAUGGGGGAGAUUAAGAUUGCUCUGAAGAAGGAGGUUAGAACAGAAGGAGAUCACCUGGUCUUGGAAAUUCUUCAAUGUCGCAACAUCACCUACAAAUUCAAAUCUCCGGACCACUUGCCGGACCUUUACGUGAAGCUGUACGUGGUGAACAUUGCUACUCAGAAAAGAAUCAUCAAGAAGAAGACCAGAGUGUGCCGUCACGACCGAGAGCCUUCUUUCAACGAGACCUUCCGCUUCUGCAUGAACCCCACUGGCCACGCCCUGCAGCUGUUCCUGGUGUCUAACGGAGGCAAGUUUGUGAAGAAAACGCUGAUCGGAGAGGCUUACGUGUGGUUGGACAAAGUGGAUCUACGAAAGCGUGUGAUGGCAGAAUUUAUGCUGCCGCCACGGCUACUCACGCGUCUCGGCUCAUGCGCCACUACAGCUCUUGUCAACCUCAGUAAAGAUUAA